AUGGGACAAAGAAGUGGACGUCAAGAAAGAAGCAAGAAAUUAGAGCUGGCAGUAAGUGAGACCAUGAAGGCAGAAGCAGAAGUACAAAAUAAUAAAGAAGCAGAAGAGCCGAAGGCCGAAGACCAGAGGGUAACAUCGGUCUUUGGUGUGGCAGACUUAAAAAAUGGAGCUAUUGGACUGUACAAUGUUGGACAGAGCUGCUGUCUGAACUCUCUGCUCCAAGUGUUCCUCAUGAAUAGAUACUUCACUGGGAUACUUCGAAGGAUCACAGUGCCACAAUGUGCUGCACAACAGAGGAGGAAUGUCCCAUACCAAAUGCUCCUGCUGUUGGAGGAGAUGCAGUGUGGCAAGCGGAAAGCUGUUUCUCCCAUAGACCUCGCUUGCUGUCUUUCAGUAUACAGAGUGAAAAUGUUUGUGCAGUAUGAUGCUGCCCAGCUCUUUCUGACUCUCUGGAACUUGAUAAUGAGGCAGAUGAAAAAGGCAGAGCUGGUUGCAGAACUGGGUAAUUUGUACACCAUCUGUGUACAGGAGCACCUGGCCUGUCAGAAAUGCUCUUCUGAAACAAAGAGGAACAGCAGCAUGUUAACCCUUCCACUCCCAGUGUUGGAUUCCAGUUCUCACGUGCUGAAGACUCUGGAGAACUGUCUGCAAUACUUUUUCCAUCCAGAAGAGUUGACGGGUCGCAACAUGUGUUUCUGUGAACAGUGUGGAAGGAAAACACCUUUUUUGCAGAGCAUGAAGCUAGUCCAUCUGCCACAGACUCUGACCAUACACCUAAAGCGCUUCUGCUAUGAAAAAUCAUCCUACAUUCACAAGCUUAGUCACUAUUUGCCAUUCCCACAAGACCUUGAUUUCAAUGCAGUCUUGACAGAAAAUCAGUGCCAAGCAGAUGACAAGGAAAAGGCUGCCUGGCAGUAUGAGCUUUUUGCCGUUGUUGCUCAUUCAGGAUCAACUAGUUGUGGACACUACUGUGCCUAUAUUCGAAGUCUCACAGAAUGUAAAUGGUAUUGCUUCAACGAUUCUGAGGUUUGCCAGGUGUCGUGGGAUGAUGUUAAAUGCACCUAUGGACAUUCCAACCUCCACUGGGGAGAAACAGCCUAUCUCUUGAUUUACAUGAAAAAACGUCCUCAGUAG